CUCUCUCUCUCUCUCUCUCUCUCUCUCUCUCUCUCUCUCUCUUUCUCUUUCUAUAUAUAUAUAUAUGUUUGCAUAUACGAGUAUAUAAGAACAGGAUGGUAAAACCAACAAGUCGAUGGUAGAUUCUCGUCGAGUACACUUGUGUGCUGUUGUUAUUGUUGUGGUGGUGAUGGUGGUGGUGGUUUCGUAUCAUUCACUCACGUUUACUUAAAAUCUAUUUUCUUUCUUUUUUAUAAAAGCUCUUUAAAUGACAUUAAAAUCAUUUAUAAUCGUUAACCAAUGGUUCAUCUAAAUUAUGUACGAUAAUGAGAGCAUAUUUGUUUCUUUAUAUUAUACUGAAAGAUAUACGAUUGUUAGAAAGCAGUGAGAUCGUUCAAAAAUUCAUUGAAUCGUCUUGGAUUACGAAGAAGGAUUUUAAUUUUACUUUAAAAACGACUUUUCAAAAUUCUGUUUGUUGCAACGUUUAUCUACAUGAUACCUCUCCGGAAAUACAUUAUUUGUUUAAAAAAUUUGUCGACUAUUAUCCUUACGAUUAUUCAUUGAACGUUAAUACUUAUGAUUGCUCGGCAUAUUUUUUAUUGGGCUCUGCCGAGAAAGAAAUUUAUAAUGAUUUGAAGAAAAUUCCAACGUUUAAAUCAAGUACAGAAAUUUUGGUCAUUCUAAACAACAAUUUAGAAAUAAAUUCGAAUAUCUUAAACGUGACGAUUUAUGGAAACGCAAACGCUAACAUAAUAUGCAAAUCGGGAAUAUGGAGUUUAUCGGAAAAUUAUUUAUUCCCAAGAAUCUUUCAAAAUGUCGACAAAUACGAAAAAUUGAAACAAGAUGAUGGAAAAGUGAAUUUUCAUGGCAGACAAUUAAGAAUAGUGACGUUUUAUUGUCCACCAGUAUCAUAUUUAAAUCGUACGAGUAUCAAAAUUAUCGAUGACGUCGAAGAAGAAAUAUUUGACGCUGACGAUGAUCUCGAGAGAGAUGGUAUCGAGCUGAAAUUAUUCUUACUAAUGGCAGAAAAAUUAAACUUUACUUGGAUCAUUAAAAAAUCGAAAUAUAGAUACGGAAAAAAAUACAACGAAACUGUAUGGAAAGAUGGAUUGAUAGAACCCAUUUAUAAAAAUAAGGUCGACAUGGCGUUUGGCGGGAUAUGGUUGAACUUGGAUCAUCAUAGUUUCGUCAAUUUGACGGAACCAUGGUACCAAUUGUUUAUUCAUUUUUUGGUACCACGUCCACAACCAACAACCAGUUUCUGGGCUCUAACUAGACCUUUCUCAUUAACAAUAUGGAUUCUACUCGUCCUAUCAAUACUCUUACAAAGUAUUUGCAUGUUUAUUCAUGCUCGAUUCAAUCCACAAUUUCCUGAACGAUUUAAACAUUUUUUGUUAACUCUGAUCGAAUUGACCGGGCGAUUGUUGGGUUCUUGGGCACCGAAAAAUAUGGUCAAUGUUAAACUACAAUUAUAUCUUUGGCAAAUGUUGGGAUUGAUAUUGGUUACUGCUUAUUGCAGCAGUCUAGCAGCUAAGUUAACUAAUUCAGAAUAUGAAAAAAGGAUCGACACGAUACAACAAUUUCUCGAAGCUAAUUUGAAGUGGGGAAGGAAACCACCGACUCCACCUUUCAAAGAAUAUUUCGACUUAGACGAUCCUGAUGCCUCUCAAUUGCCGAGUAGAUAUAAAGUUGUUGAAACAUCGAAGGAAAUUCAUGAACAUAUAAUUAAAGGAAAUUACGCUAUAAUCGGAAAUUUCGUUGGAUCUGUAUUUUUUCCCGAGGAUGAAAUUGCCAACGAAGAUCUCAAAAAUUACAGAGUGAUGAAAGAAAUGGUCGGAAAAUUUUACGCAACUUUUGCCGUUCAACCAUGGCUACUAUCACCAAUAAACAGGAUAAUGUUACGACUGAAGGAAUCCGGAAUCGCCACUUUUCAUUUACAAGAUGUAGUACGACGACGUGCUAGCUUCAAUCUUCGAGAAAUUCUUAUAGAAUACGAUGGAAAAAAUGGACUUAGAGUACUCACUUUGACACCUUUAGGAGCUGCUUUCUUUUUACUUUUACUUGGACUAUCGAUAUCAACUCUCGUUUUCUAUUUAGAAAUUAAAUAUGCCAACAGAUCCAAAUCAAUUCGUGAGAAUUUACGCGACAUUGAUCGAAAACGAAAAUUAUACUCUCGAUCUCCAUUGGUUAAAAAUUAAUUAAAAAUUAAUAUUAUCCGAUUUAUUAAAUAUAAACAAUUUUUAUGAAGUUAUUACUGCUUGAUCUUUAAUAGUAAUUAAACUGUAAGUAAUCUAGUCAUAUUUCGUUGUUUUUGAGAUAUUUAGUUAAUAGUUAAUAAAAUAAAAAAACAAAAA